AGCACCUGUUUGAGAGACGACUAACCAGAUUCAGAUUCCACUGAGAUUCCAGCAGGAGCAGCAUCCCAUUCCCGGUCAGAUGGCCAAAAAGGAACAGGAUGUCGUCGACCAGGAGUUGCCACCACCCCCGGCCAGGUGUUCCUGGCAGCCGGCACUGCCCGAGGGAUUCCGCCAGUUAAACACACAGGUGGCCGGCCACAAUUUCGAGUCCAGCAACGCCGAGGCCAUUGGACUCCUGCAAGACUACACGGGUGGCUGCGUGCUGAAGCCCCUGGGGAAGCCGGAGUGCGGCGAAAGAGAGCUGAGAUUCUAUGAAUCACUCGCCGAGGCAGGUGCUUUAGGUGAUAAUGACCUUGCCCUGCUCCGCGGUCACGUCCCCCGAUUUUACGGCCCCCUGAAACUGGUUGUGAAUCAGCGCGAACGCACGUUCCUUCGCCUGGAAGACCUCACGCGCGAUAUGCUCCAGCCGUGCGUCAUGGACGUGAAGGUGGGUAAACGAACCUGGGAUCCGGCAGCCUCUCCCCACAAGCGGCAAGUGGAGGAGGCCAAGUAUGUGCAGUGUAAGCAAGCGCUGGGACUGUGCCUGCCCGGCUUCCAGGUGUAUAUUCCGGAUCAGGACACCGAGAAAGCCACAAUUCUGCGUCGAGGCAGGGACUAUGGCAAGAGCCUGAGCGUGGACGGAUUCAAGGAGACCAUGGCCCUGUUCUUUAAUGCCAGCACUAGCCAUUCCAAGGCCCGGAGAGCGGGCAAGGAGUUGUUACUACAGGAAGUGCUCCGUCAGCUGCAGGACAUCCUCAACUGGUUUCACAGCCAACGGCUGUACCACUUCUACGCCAGCUCCUUGCUCAUCUGCUACGAUUACUCGAGAUUGAAGGACCAGCCGCUGCUCAAUGGUCACCACCCACAUCAUGGGGAGCAGGAGGACAAUGCUCCCACCUCCCCCUCGACUUGGGUGCGUGUCCGUAUGAUUGACUUUGCUCACGUCUACCCAGCGGAGCAGGCUCUGCCCGAUGAGAACUACAUGUUCGGCCUGAGGAGCCUGAUAGAGGUGGUCCAGGCAUUACUCCAUCGAUGACCAGGAAGAAGUUCCAAUCUCAUGGCAAUGAGACACUCACACUUUUGUAUUAUCGUAAGCCAAAAGAUUAAGUCCACAGUAUAGCAAGCAAAGCGACUCUAAACUUAGAAUAAAACCCGGUUUUGUACAAUCUGUGUUA